AUGGACUUGUCGUCCCAAGGUAGAAUGCGCAUGUACAACGAUGCCACGACUUCAGACCUGACCGUUCAUUUCUGUGACAGAUCCAUCUACGCUCACAAAGCCAUCCUCUCGGAACGUUCAGAAGUCUUCUACCGUGCCUUUUAUGGUCCUUUUGCUGAAACGUCCUCGUACACCAUCGCAUGCGAGGAGUACGAUGUCCAAGCCAUCGAGGCCCUACUAAAACACAUCUACUCAUUUCCAUAUCGAGAACCCGUUGAUGUCGAACUGAAUUUGGAUUGGUACUUGCAAUUAUACCUGAUUGCAGUCGAGUACUGGGUCGACAGCUUCGAAACCACAGUCGUGCAUUUGAUAGAGGCGGAAGUGUUUCUCAGCGUACCAGUCAUCAACCACGGACGAAAGUUUCGAGAGUGUUGUCGACAAAUCGAGGGUUUCUACGACAGCUACGCCCUGCCCAUGUCGCUGUUCUACCUGAUGGACGGUUAUAUCAACGCAAGCGACAAGUACAGAAUCGACAAACAAGAAAUCAUCAAGGAAAAGAUCGUAAGAGAACAGAGACGGGCUGUUGAAUAUCGCACUCGUAGCAACAGAUCUACCAGUCUGGAGAGUGGGAAGGUUGGAGAAAGGAACGAGGCUGAUCGUUUGAUGGUGAGGUUUGAAGAGGUGCUGGCGAACUUGGAUAUGGCGAAUAGGAAGGGGCAAAUUCACGAGAAGAAGAAGAGAUCCAAGAAGAAUAGACAUGCUCAUGCUGGACGUGCCGGGUUCCAGACAGAGCUAGAGGAGGAUUAUGGUUCUGCAUAUUGUGCAUGGGAACAAGUUGUGGUAGAUGCAGUUCAAGACCGGAGUGACUGGUAUUGUAGAUAG